UUAGUUGGCCCCUUUCUGCGCUAGCCAGCAAAAGACAGGACUGGUCCUCACCGUACAUUCGUGCAUGUCCGCUUGAGAGCGAGAGCCAUCGCCACACAGUUUCCAUGACGAGAUCUACUGCUACCAAACUCACUGUUUUCAUCUUCCUCGCUUUCAUUGUGUGCCUACCAGAGUUCUUCCCUUCUGAUACAGAGAUACAGAUCCAAUUUUUCUGUUUGCCCUUUGACCCCUGUGAUACUACAAGUGGGCAUGCUCCUAAUGGUGAAGGACAGGACUGUGACGAGACACCUGUAGUGUCUCAGAAUGAGGGUGGAGCUAAGCCCCUGUGUAAAGAGGAGGCCAAAAACACGACCAAUCAGGAUGAGCUCGUAAAGGACUGGUUUGUGUGUGAAACCCAGACUGACCUGCAGAGUCUCCAUGACAACACUUCACUCUCAGGUGUGGACGUAGAGAUUGUGCUGGAUCUCCAGACGACGAAACUUUCUCUGCAGAACGUGACCGCACGUGGCCGCUUGAACUGGAGCGGACUGCACGGAUCUUUCCAGAACGUCACGUUGAUCCACUGCUGCGGGCGACCAGAAAACAAGUCCCACACGCUGCCAACAGGGCCUUCGAGACCAAACGCGUCCCAACCCGUCGUGCCUUCAAAACCACUCCCCUCCUCAGCAGAGCCGAGCUCAGCACUGAGUCCAGGACAAACCGACUCCGCCUUAAACCUCACUCGCAGACUGCACGUGAGCCAGUGCUUCCUUCACUACCCGGCAACAGCUGUUUCCAGGACACCUGCUAAGAAAGGUUACUGGUGGUGCAUUACCGCCACUGUGUGGUUGGUUCUGGUAUUCAUCGUGGUCAUAGUGGUCCUUAUAAGUUUUGGGGUUCAGGUCUACACAAAGAGGAGCUGUUCUCACAAACAGACUGUAUCUGUCCCAUCUACUGUCAGCCAGCCAAGAAAGCUUUGUAAACAAAAAAGUAAAUCUCUAGGUGAUUUGCCAGAUUUUUUCCACACAGAAGAUGAGCUGCUGUUCGUGGAGGAGACUCUCGCAGAACACUCAAGAGGGCUCUUCCCAAUUAUUGAGACAUCUGGGGAUGAAGGAGAAGGCGAAGAUGUAUCUGACAGCACAAUGACAGAAGAAGGGUCUAAGGAGUCUUUGGACAUGGGCCAGACACCAGCACACACCCAUUCUGACUACUUAAGUAGCUUACCUACAUCAUCGAGGCAAUUUGUUUUCUUAUGACAAAGAUGGAGGGAUGUAAACAUAAAAAGGAGAAAGAACAACUUAUGUCUUCAUGAGGAAAAACUAUCAGCCUUCACAAUAUUAUUUCAGUGCUCUUAUAUAUGGUGUGAUGGAGCUACCCUCCACCAGUGUGUUCAUAUGGACUCAGUGUUUGAGAUGCACAUACGCUGUGUAUAUAUAAAUGUAUAUAUGUAUGCAAUUAGCACACAGGAAUUCUUUGGUCAGACUUUAUUGAUGUGAUUUACUGAGUGAUGAUUGACAUGCAUGGAAAAGGUGUUAUUUGUUGAGGACCUACAGGGAACGAGAAAUGAAACGAACUCCCCCAUAUAAGCUUGAGGGGAAAUUCAAGAGAGAGAUGUUUUGAAGUUUAUUGAUAGUGGAGAAUUUUUGAUUGAUGGAUUUUUCCUUGAACUUGUAAAUGCUUGUAAAUACUAGUUUCCUUUUUUGAAUAUUAUUUGUUUUUUAUUGGAUAUGGUUUUUCAUCUGCACUGGAGCACUGGGAUCCAAUAAACACCUUUUCUUUUGUAGCACACUUGGAUUGUACCAUGUGUCUUUUCCACUGGACCAUUACAUAUGGUAAGAAAAAAAAAUCCUCAUUCAUUUUCACCUUUAAGUUACAUUAAAUUACCUUAAAGGCCUUGUGUUGUAUGCAUAUACAUUUUUUACUCAUUUUUGUCAAUUAAGAUUUGUAAUAAAAAGGAUUUGUAAUUUAAAAAAAGCAAAACUCAUUGUAUAUAUACUCAUUGUAUGUGUGAAUGAAUACAUGUGUAUGUAUAUAUGUGUAUGUAUAUUUCAGGGAAACCACUUUCUCAGCAUUUGUUUUUUACUUUCCCUGUAUUUGCUUUUUCUGUUGUUUUGUGUUCUUUGUAUUUACUGUACCUUCUUGUGCAGCAAAUAAAAAUACAGUGUGGUUUCUGUCUAUUUACAGAGAACAAUACUUA